GGAGAGUUCACGAAGGCUUUUCUUCAUUUCCUACUUGAGCAGAUUGGGUUCUCUUUUCCUAACCCCUACAGGGGAACUCAGGCCUGGGCUUCAGCAUCGCAGGGGGAAUCGACAACCCACAUAUCCCUGAGGACCCUGGCAUCUUCAUUACCAAGAUCAUUCCAGGCGGGGCAGCUGCCAUGGACGGGAGGCUAGGGGUGAAUGAUUGCGUGCUGAGGGUGAACGAGGUGGACGUCUCAGAAGUUGUCCACAGCCGAGCUGUGGAAGCCCUCAAGGAGGCCGGCCCUGUUGUGCGCCUGGUGGUACGAAGGAGGCAGCCGCCGCCUGAGACAGUGGUGGAGGUCAACUUGCUCAAGGGGCCCAAAGGCUUGGGCUUCAGCAUCGCAGGUGGUAUUGGGAAUCAGCACAUCCCUGGAGACAAUAGUAUUUACAUCACAAAAAUCAUUGAGGGAGGUGCUGCCCAGAAGGAUGGACGACUGCAGAUUGGGGACAGGCUGCUGGCGGUGAACAAUACCAACCUGCAGGACGUACGGCAUGAGGAAGCUGUGGCAUCCCUGAAAAACACAUCUGAUAUGGUCUAUCUAAAGGUGGCCAAGCCAGGCAGCGUGCACCUCAACGACAUGUAUGCACCACCUGACUACGCCAGCACUUUCUCUGCCUUGGCUGACAACCACAUAAGCCAUAACUCCAGCCUGGGCUAUCUGGGGGCUGUGGAGAGCAAGGUCAGCUAUCCUGCUCCUUCCCAGGUUCCCCCAGCCCGCUACUCCCCCAUCCCCCGGCACAUGUUGGGUGAGGAGGACUUCACCAGAUGGAAGACAAAGUUCAGGUCGGCCCCUGGCCCCUCCCCCGCUUCCCCUUCCUUCCUCUUCUCCUUUUCCCGUUCUCUUGCUUCGCUGAGCUGCCCCAGUCUUGUGGCCCUCUGA